AUGGCGUGGUCUCCAGUCAACAUCUCCUCGAAUUCUUCUAGUAUCUCUGGCCACGGUCGGAGUGCGAGAGAUCUACACUAUCCCUAUGCAGCUGCUGCUCAUCAGUACCCUCCCUCACUAGCGACAGAGCCAUCAAUGUUCUCCGACAACCAAUCUCCGUGCAAUACACUCACGCAACACCCCUUCCCGCCAGUUCAUCACAGCUACCCCGUGCCUUUUGCCUCGGCCCAUGCCGAAAUCAAUCCUCCCAAUCACAACACGGUACACUAUUCCUUGGCUGGAAACAGUAGACCUGGUCAGUCCUCAACCAUGGCCUAUCUCUGCUCUGGACAUAGUACUGCAUAUACUCCGCCAUCGGCAUCAGGGGUCUCCACUCCCUCUAUGCAAGACAUCCCCAAGGAACUUCGCGGCACGUACCAAUGCAAUUGGAGAGACUGCAAAUAUCGCGGCGUCUUCUCCCGCAAGGGAGUCCUCAUGCGUCAUAUAGAAACGCAGCAUGUCGCACCGCGCUCAUUUGACUGCCCAGUCUGUGGCAAUCUCUUCUGUCGACGGGACAAUCUGACGGAGCACCUAGGCAGAGUUCAUCGCAAGCGAACCUGA